AUGCCAGCUUCACCUGAGCUUGUAACGGGCACCCCAGAGCCCGAGGUGCCUAGGAAGUUUACUUUGGAGGCUGCUGUUAUUGCUGUGGUUGUGGUUUAUUUUGUGUUUGUGUUGGCAGUCGGAAUAUGGGUAAGUGAAAAGCCGACAGUGGGUGGAUACUUCUUGGCUGGGCAAUCCAUGACCUGGUGGCCAAUUGGAGCCUCUUUAAUGUCGAGUAGCGUAGGCAGCGGUCUGUUCAUUGGAUUAGCAGGAACAGGAGCCGCAGGGGGACUCGCAGUUGGGGGAUUUGAGUGGAAUGCAGCAUGGGUCCUCAUUGCCUUGGGCUGGAUCUUUGUGCCCGUGUAUAUUUCUGCUGGAGUGGUCACAAUGCCAGAGUAUCUGAGGAAGAGGUUCGGGGGUCAGCGCAUCCAAAUCUACAUGAGUGUGCUCUCUCUCAUCCUCUACAUUUUCACCAAGAUAUCAACAGACAUUUUUUCAGGGGCUUUAUUCAUCCAGGUGUCUCUGGGAUGGGACCUGUAUGUCUCCACCGUUGUGCUGCUAGUCGUCACUGCACUCUAUACUAUAGCUGGUGGCCUGACAGCAGUUAUCUACACUGAUGCCUUACAGACCGUCAUCAUGAUAAUAGGAGCAUUUGUCCUCAUGUUCAUAGCAUUCGACAAAGUUGGCUGGUAUGAGGGUUUGCUGGUUCAGUAUGAGAGAGCUGUACCUGCUAUCACAGUUCCCAACACCACUUGUCAUCUUCCUCGGUCCGACGCCUUUCAUAUCUUCAGAGAUCCAGUGACAGGAGAUCUUCCUUGGCCAGGCCUAAUUUUUGGACUCACUGUUCUGGCCACAUGGGUGUGGUGCACAGACCAGGUGAUAGUGCAAAGGUCUCUCUCUGCCAAAAACUUGUCCCAUGCCAAAGGCGGUUCGGUACUCGGUGGCUACCUCAAGGUCUUCCCUAUGUUCUUCGUCGUUAUGCCAGGAAUGAUCAGCAGAGCUCUCUACCCAAAUGAAGUAGGAUGUGUGGAUCCUGGUGAGUGUAUGGAGAUCUGUGGGGCCAGUGUUGGCUGCUCUAACAUUGCCUACCCAAAGUUAGUUGUGGAGCUCAUGCCAGUGGGUUUGAGAGGUCUGAUGAUCGCUGUAAUGAUGGCAGCACUCAUGUCCUCUCUCACCUCUAUAUUCAACAGUAGCAGCACUCUGUUCACCAUGGACAUAUGGCAACGUAUUCGGCCCCGGGCCACUGAGAGAGAGCUCAUGGUAGUGGGCAGGGUGUUCAUUUUAUUGCUAAUGGCCCUGAGCAUUGUGUGGAUUCCAGUCAUUCAAACAGCUAAUAGUGGACAACUCUUUGACUACAUUCAGUCAAUCACUAGCUACCUGGCACCUCCCGUCACCACAGUGUUCAUUAUGGCAAUCUUAUGGGGGCGAGUAAAUGAACAGGGUGCUUUUUGGGGUCUGAUGGUGGGACUAGUGGUGGGCACUGUGAGGAUGGUAAUGGAAUUUGUGUACAGCACCCCAUCAUGCAGAGAAAAAGACCUGCGCCCUGCCCUGCUGAAAGAUGUGCACUACCUGUAUUUUGCUCUCAUCCUGCUUGCACUGACAGCUCUGAUCAUCACAGCUGUCAGCCUCUGCACUGCACCUAUUCCAGAGCAACAUCACGUUCGUUUGACCUGGUGGACAAGACACAGUAAGAAGGAACGUGUAGAGCUGGAAGACCCCUGGGCUAGAGGGUCCCAACCAGCAGGCUCUGCUCCAAGCACUACAGAGUCAGAGGGGUCGGAUGAGGAUACGCCUGCAUGGUGGAAGCGUGCUGGAAUGUGGCUGUGUGGUCUCUCCCAUGUGGCUAAACAAGAGAUGAGUGAGGAGGAACAGAAGGCUCUGGAAAGGAAACUCACCAGUAUUGAAGAAGACCACACCUGGAAGACUGUCUGCAAUGUUAAUGCCCUUAUUUUACUCACUGUCAAUGUCUUUCUUUGGGGGUACUUUGCGUAAAUAGCUUGGAAGGACCCCUUUUUUUUUUUUUUUUUUUAAGAAAUUCAACAAUACUGGUGAAAAACACAUCUGGUUGUCUGCAAUUA